AUGGAUCACGAUAGAGGCAGCAGCAUCCGCUGCAGCAACAGGAGCAGCAGCAACAGCAGCAGCAGCAGCAGGAUGUGUAGCCGUGCUGUUAGGGUGUCAAUAUUCUUAUUAGCAGCAACAGCAGCACACAGUCUCCUUUGCUGCUUCGAGCUGCUGCCAUUUGUCUCCUUGGUGCCACAGCAGCAGACGGUGCAGCAGCUGGUACAGCAGCAGCUGCUACAGCAGCAGCAGCAGCAGCAGCAGCAGGGAGGACAUGUGCUGCAGCAUCAGCUGUUCGAGGUAGAGGAUAUGUUUCCUGAGGCUGCUGCAGUUGCUGCUGCUGCUGCAGUUGCACGCAGCAGCAGGCACGAUGACAUCCAUCGUGAGCAUCAGCAUCAGCAGCACAAACAGCAACAACCGCAGCAGCAGCAGCAGCAGCAGCAGUACAAACAGCAGCAGCAGCAGCAGCAGCGGAAGGAGCAGCGGCUGCGGGUCCGCUUCGAUACAAAGCCUCCGACGACGACGACGACGCAUGCAGCAACAGCAGCAACGGCAGCAACAGCAGCAGCAGCAGCAGCAGAUCGGUCACUGCCAGCAGCAGGAGCAGCAGCAGCGGGUCCACCGUGCGGCUGCUGCUUAGCAGCAACUGCAUGUCUUUGCUUCGAGGAACCAGAGACAGGAGGAAGAGGAAGAAGAACACUUCUUACUAGAGGAUUUAUAAUAGGGCAGUCUCCUCCUGCAGCUGCUGUUGCUGCUGCUGCUGCUGCUGCUGCUGCUGCUGAUGCUGGUUCUGGCGGUGGGCGUGAUCCUGCUGCUGCUGCUGCUGCUGCUGCUGCUGCAGGGGCUAUAGAAGAUGCAGCGCAGCACAGCGGAAGUUACCAGCCACCAGAUAUCUCGCCGCAGCAGUUGCACCUACCUACAGCAGCAGCAGCAGCAGCAGCAGCAGCGGCCGCAGCAGCAGCAGCAGCAGCUGCUGCUGCUGCUGAAGAGGGAGAAGACAGAAUAAGGAGGAGGAAGGCAGCAAAACGACGCCGGCGGCAGCAACGGCGGCAGCAGCAGCGGCAGCAGCAGGAGCAGCAGGAGCAGGAGAUGGAUGCUCAUCCCUUAUGGCAUAAUUCUGCAGGUGGAGGAUCUCCUGCUGCAGCUGCAGCAGCAGCAGCAGCUGCAGCAGCAGCAGCAGCAGCAGCAGCAGGACGGGGUGAAAAUAACUUUGUUAUAACACAGAAGAUAAGAACUUUGCUGCGCAUACACUGCAAAUUAGCAGCAGAUAAUGAGGAACAUUUGCUGCUGCUGCGCAACCUGCUGCAGCACCUGCAGCAGCAGCAACACCAGCAGCAGCACCAGAUGCCCCACCAACUCCAACUGCAGCACGAGGAACUGCAGCAGCAGCAGCAGCAGCAGCAAUUGCUGCCGCAUCCAUCCAAUGUAGACUCUACGCAGCAGAAGGAUGGUAGCUACAAGGGAGCAGCAGGAGCAGGAGCUGCUGCUGCUGCUGCAGGAGCAGCAGCAGCAGCAGAAGGCACUGCUAGGAGGUUAAGUAUAUGCCGCAGCACGAGGACAUCUCCUGCUGCGCUGCUGUCUCCUCUAGCAGCAGCAGCAGCAGGAAAGAAGCAGCACGUCAGCAGCACAGAGGACGAAGACACAGCAUUCUCCGUUGGUGCAGCAACAGCAGCAACAGCAGCAACGCCGCUGCUGCGGAGAAGAGACAGGCAGCACAAGACUAAUAGAGGCCCCCUUACCUUUAGCAGCAGAGGCAGCAGCAGCAGCAGCAGCGGCAGCAGCGACACAGACACCAAUGCUCUCUCAGACAGCAGCGCAACAAGCAGCUGCAGCAGCAUCUGCAGCAGCAUCUGCAGCAGCAACAGCAGCAGGAAAUCAUUUGCAGCAACGCGCAGCUACCUUAGCCCCUCACUAUCUGCUGCAGCAGGGACUGCAGCAGCAACAACAGCAGCAACUGCAGCAGCAACAGCAGCAGAGAGGACACGAUCAAUUCCUCUAGCCUUUGUGGCCUACCAGAAGCAGCAGCAACUGCAGCAGAAACAGAAGCAGCAGCAGCAGCAGCAGCAAAGGACCAAAGUGUCUCCUGCUGGGCCCCUAGGCAUGCAGCCCUGCGGUCUGCUGCAGCCUUUGCUGCGCCACCCUGCAACACCUGCUGCAGCAACAGCAGCAGCAGCAGCAGGAGCAGAAGCAGAUAUCGAUGCAGCAACUGCUGCACCUUCAAGUCCUUUGCUGCCUCCUUCACCACAGCAGCAGCAGCAGCAGCAACUGCAGCAACAAGAACAGCAGCAGCUGCAGCAGCGCGAGGAGGAGGGGCAUGAACUGCAGCAGCAUGAGGAAACUGAGGAAGAGCAGCAGCAGCAACAGCAGCAGCAGCAGCAGCUACUAGAGUUACUAUGGGAUGCGUUAGGUGGUGGCCGCUAUCUAGCAGCAGCUUGCUGCUGCUACGAGGUGCUGCUGCUGCAUGCGCUUCGUGCUGCAGCAGGAGUAUGUAUACCUGCUGCUCUUAUUGCUGCUGCCGUGGUAUCGCCAGCAGCAGCAGCAGCGGCAGCAGCAGCAGAAGCAGCGGCAGCUGCUGCUAGCGCUACUCGUGGUGGUGGUACUCCUGCUAUUGCUGUUGCUAGCCCUACAGCAGCAGGAUAUCCUCCUCCCCCGCAGCAGCAGCAACAGCAGCAGCAGCAGCAGCAGCUGCAGCAGCAGCAAGGCGGCAGUCAUAAACCCGCCGAGCUGCAGCCUUGCAGCGAAGCAGGGACAUCCAGGGUGCAGAGACAGCAGCAGCAACAGCAGCAGCAACAGCAGCAGCACCAGCAGCAGCAACGAAUGCUGCAGCAGCACCAGGAUGUAAUCCAGUUGCUGCAGCAGCAGCAGCUCAUUACCCCAUGGGCAGACCUUCCUCGUAGCAGCAGCAGCAGCAGCUUACCUAGCCACGCUAGCCCUCCUUCUGACGCGGUGCAGCAGCAGCAGCAGAUGCUGCAACAGCAAGUGCUGCAGCAGCAAAUGCUGCAGCAGCGGCUGCUGCGCGGGGAAUCAACUAAGGGGAUGGUUGGCGUCCUUGAUGGCUUACAUGAGGAAUCUAUCGAGGACAGUGAACUACCUGCUGCUGCAGCAACACAGCAGCAGCAGCAGCAGCAGCAGCAAGAGCAGCAGCAGCAGCAGCAGCAGCAAAGGCAGCAACAGUAG